AUGCCCCAAGAAAUGUGCUGGUGUUACAGAUCUUCAGCUAUGAUUCAGGAAUGGGCAUCCGCGCCGGUCAUUGAAGCUUUUGCUUCGCCCCUGAAUACAUUGGCUGGAAAAGGAUGUUAUCACAGCGCCUUUGCAGACGUGGAUGGGCUUUUCGGAUCGCUCGGAUCUUUUUUUGAGUCCUCGAUUUCAGAUGGCACGGUUGAGGUGAAUCCUCCAUUCGAUGAGGACGUGGUGUUGCGAACUGCCACUUUCUGUCAGACAUGCUUGCAGAGAGCAAAGCUAGAGAGCAAGAUGCUGACUUUUGUCGUGGUC